UAAAUACAAUUACUGAUCAUCAUGCAGUGAGAGUGAUGUUCAUAUAUUUGUGUGAAGUGUCAUGCGUGUCAUCGCUCUGCUGUUGUCAGGUUCCUUCAUUGUUGCACUUUUACCUGUCAUAACAUCAGCGACCAGAUACAAUUGGAAUAUUGUGUGUGGGGAUGAUUUGGGCUGUUCACCUUUGGUCAUGAGAUUAAUGUGGAUCAUUUUAAUGUUUUUCAUGAAUUCAGCACUGAUCUAUUUCUACAGCAUAGCACUGGAAAAUGAGAAAGAUUGUGUUGGAUGGGCCUGUACGAUUGGAUUUCUACAAGUAAUAUGGACGGCUUGGAAUUGUUUAUACUCAUUUCAGGAUUGGGGUUUCACCCGUGUUACCAUCGUGUAUGUGUUUGGAUCAGUUGGUGUUAUUUUAAUCAGCGCUGUUGGACUGAUGACUGAACUGACACUGAAAACUCUUAAUGGUGAAGGUCUAGUGGGGGAUCUGAGGAUCAUCGUGUUUUCCUCUGAAAGUCUCCUCACUGUAUCUGUGCUGAUUAUGAUUAUACUCGCACCCUGUAAUUACCACAGAUUCUUGCAAUGUGUAAGAAAUCUGCACCUGCUGAAUGAGUCCAGAAUGAAUCAGUGCUCUCAGACUGCAACAGAAACUCCAGCCGCUGGGUCAAACCAGAACCAAGAAUCUCAUGAAAUGAAUACUCUCCAGAAUAGACAAGAGACUGAUAGAAGUAAAGAAGAAACUCAACCUCAAUCUGUGGAAUCACAAAAAUGAAAGAUGAUCAUCUACCAGAUCUAUUAUCACAAACACACUGAUUAUUUAAAACUCUUAUGAGGAACUGAGAGUUCUGUGUUGUUUUUCCGUUGCACUGAGGGUCACUUUCAGUAUGCAUGAAAUCGAAUGCUUGACCACUUUAAACCUUAAAAAAACAGAUACGCGAAACAAAACAUAGGUUAUAUGAAGUUCAGAGCACUUUUAUCAGCCUCCUACAUUUACUUUCAGCAAUACCAGAUAUUUCAGACCGGGCAGAGUGUGGUUUUUGCUGGUUUUAAAGCAAAAUUAUUUGAAAGAUGGAUACUAUUUGUGAAAAGCAUUCACUCAACAUCAUAAUGUCAUUUUUGACGGAGGUGGCAUUUUGAGGGUUUUGCAUCUCUUUAUAUGAUUACUACGAUUUACAAACCUGUUUGACAGCUGAAGUUGGUAUUAAUUGUAAAUUAAUCUAAACAAACGCUACGUUUGCGGCACCUCUCGCUGUCUUGUCUGCCCAACCCUUGGCUAACACAAAGUGGCGGACCACUGGUGCCACUGGCCUACGUUAUCCAUCUUUUUCUUCACGUCUCCAUGGAGGGCGCCAUUACCGCAAGUGACUUCCUGAUGGAUGCUCCUCACUUCCGUUUUGUAUUUGUUACUAUAUU